UUUAGAUAAUCAGGCAUGCCAUAACCCGCUUUGCGAUAGAUUAUUUGGUUGUUGACUCCAUUCGGGAAUCCCAAGCUGCAUUGAAGAGAUUGUUUACCAGCCAGCGAAGAGUGGUCAAAUGACCGCCUCUCAAAGUCUAGUAAUGGGCUAAAAGUGGAGGGCAUAGUCACAGAUAGGAGGUUAUGGUUUUGGUGUCCCACUGUCGUAAAAGCCAAUGCCCAUUUGGUCACGGUGUUAAGAAUGGUGGAUGCUGACAAGAAAGCUACCAUGUGCAUUCUUUAUGAAGGUAUCGAGAUGACCAAAUCAGCUAUUUGGCAGAAAUGUAGUUUUGCAAUUAAAUUGAUCGAGAUUAUAGAAAGAAGGUGGAAUACCAAAUUUGGCCAUCCGAUUCAUUAUACAGGUUACUACUUCAACCCAAAUUUAUUCUAUUUGACACUUGAACAUCUCCAUAAGAUUAUGGAAGUGAUCAAAUACAUUAUUGUCAGGCUGGAGAGAAGCCAUCGAAACCAGGUAGCGGUAAUACAUAAGCUUUCUAUGUAUAGGGAUGCUGUAGAAUCCUUCAGAACUAGACUUGCCAAGAACUUUCGAGCUAAAAUGGAUCCAGCUAAAUGGUAGGAGAUAUAUAGUAGUGAUGCACCUCACCUAAAGUGGAUAUCAAUCAAGGUGUUCUCUCAAAUAUGUUCUGCUAUUGGGUGUGAGCGAAACUAGAGUAUGUUCAAAUGGUUGCACACUACUAAGAGGAAUCGACUCGCUUCGGAGAGGCUUCAUAAACUAGCCUACGUUUAUUACAACUUAAACCUCCGAGAGUAACAAAUAAGAAGGAAGCUUGAAGACUACGGGCAGAUCGACUUGGAUACAAUAUUUGUCACUGACACAGCAAAACCAUGGGUAGUAGAGGAAGACGAGCCAGUGUUGCACAAGAGAGCAUUAUUUGAGGCUAUCAGUGAGGAAUAUCUUGAAGAAGGUAAUGAACAUCAUGAAAGAGGAAGCAACCCAGGAACAUAUCUGUAAUUUGUCGGAGAUGUCGGUGGUAUUGCACCUAAUGAGAUAGAGUGAGAAGGGGGUAUAAGGGAAAAUGAGAGAGAUGAUGAUUUUGAGGCCACCCUAUCCCAACCAAAUUAUUCACAUACCGAGUCCCAACAAUAAGAGGGUGGGGACGAGCACGACAAUGUAAGUGAGCAAAAAGGAUGGACAAACUUCGGAGAUUUUGGAUUAAGAGCACAACAAAACACUAACACUUAGGGAUUUGGGUAUAAUCAAGUACACACUAUUUGGAUGAUUUGUUUCUAGAUUGAGUUAAUGAAUUGUCACGCGAAUUCAAUUAAUGGUUCCAGCGUGACCAAGAUAAAGAA